CUGCGUAAAAAAACAGUAAUUCUUAAAAAGUAGAGGAAUAAAUUUUUCCAUAAGUAAAUUUUUUACUAAAUACGAAAUAAAAAUAAAAUAAUAAUUCAGUAGAAGUGUUCAGUAAUUAUUUAAGACUCAUUAUAAAUAAAACUUAAAUUUUUUAAUUACUGAACGAUUAUUUUUUUUUGCGAUGGCGAAAAAUAGUGAUGCUGGAGAUUGGGAAGACUUACGUAAACAAGCACGACAUGUAGAGAAUGAAAUCGAUGCUAAAUUGGUGGCUUACAGUAAAUUAGGAAUUAAUACUGGGUCUAAUCAUGCUAGUGCUGACACAGUCCCGUUGCUGGAUGAAGAUCAUGUCUUUGAAAACAUGACAUCAGAGAUUGAAUCACUUCUAGCCAAACUCAUGAUAAUCAAUGACAAGAUGAGUGAAAUUCCACCUAAUGGUGCAGCUAUGCUUCAUACGAUGCAGAGACACAAAGAAAUAUUGAAAGACUACAAACUUGAAUUCAAUAAGAUUCAAAAUAAUUUCGCCAGUAGAAAAGAUCGAGAAGAUUUAUUGGGAAGUGUCAGAAAAGAAAUUGACAGCUACAAAAAUGCUAGUGGUUUAAAUCGCAGGGACAUGUAUUUGAAAGAAAAUCAGCACAUAAACAACUCUGAUCGAUUAUUAAAUGAUCAAAUAAGUAUCGCAAUGGAGACUCGAGAUCAUUUAGUAUCCCAACGACAGACAUUUAAAAAAAUCCAAACACGAUUUAAUGAUCUCAGUAAUCGUUUUCCGAUGGUCAAUAGUCUCGUACAGAGGAUAAAUAUACGCAAGAGACGUGAUUCGUUGAUCCUAGGUGUCCUCGUUGGAUUCUGCACAUUUUUAAUGCUACUCUAUGCUUUCAAUUAAAGAAAAAAAAACUAUAUUAUUUAUAAUUUAUAACUUGAGGGAUAAAGUAACGACAGUAAAUGUUGAAUUUCUCGUUCUAUAAAAAUUUGAAUCUGCAAGACUGUGACGAAAUUUUAUUUUAAAUUUUAAGAGUUGGUUCAAAAUAUUAUCAGAAGGGAAAGGGAGAAGAUACUACAGGAUGAUAAUAAUUACAAAAAAUUAAUGUACAUAUAUUUUAUACGAUAAUAAUUUGUUGAUAUUAAAAAUCUGUAGAAUAAAAUUGAUAGUAAUAAAAUUAUAAUAAAUAAAUUCAUUAAAAUUA